AGUGUUGGAGGAGAGGCAGGCGCCCUGCAGGUAGAAAGCCAGCCUCUUUCUCCCGGUGCCAAGGCCGAGCGGGAGAAAAGGUGUGCCUCUCGGUUCUACAGGGAGCCUCGACACCCGUUCCUGGAGCCAAGCAUGCGGCACAUGCUGGACUACUGUGGAGCAACAUGACUGUGAGAUUUCAGGUCGCAGAUAUGGAGGAAAUGAUCAUCUGGGAACAGUAUACAGUGACACUCAGCAAAGAUGCUCGAAAGGGCUUUGGUAUCGCCAUCUCAGGCGGCCGGGACCGUCCCAGUGGCCUCGAUGGAGACACCUCAAUUAUCAUCUCUGACGUCGUGCCAGGGGGACCGGCUGAUGGUCGACUCCUGAAUCGCGACAAGAUUGCCAUGGUGAAUGGUCUUUCCAUGGAGAACGUGUCGUCAUCUUUUGCCAUACAGACUUUGAAAAGCUGCGGCAAAGUGGCCAAUAUUACAGUGAAAAGACCCAGGAAAAUCCAUCUCCCAGUUGUCAGCCCACCCAAGAACCUACCACCUUCUGGCUCUGCUUCACGAUCGGCCAAUGCUGGCCAUUAUGACUCAGAUGAGGAAUACACGAAUCAGGCUGACAAGUCCUUGCCCGAUGUCAGUAGACAUCCCAACUACAACCAGCGCCAGGCCGAGGCGGAUCACAACCGAGGUUAUGAAGGGGACUCCUCCAGUGAACGGAGCUCUGGCCACUACCGUGACGAAGAUGAUGCUCCCCGCAGGCAGCCAAUCCGGAGCAGGAGGCGGAGUCAAGAUAGUAGCCAGAGGAGGCGGAGUCAAGACAGCGAUUCUGAUAGGCAGCCUUUCACCAAUGGCUAUAGCCACAGAGGGAGUGCUAGUGGACUAGCUUUGGUGUCUGGAUUCAAGAGAUUGCCAAAGCAAGAUUUCCCCAUGAAACCCGUCCGUUCGACCCUAGUGAAGAGCAAAGAGAGCGAAGAAUAUGGUUUGAAGCUAGGGAGCCAGAUUUUCAUCAGACACAUCACGGAUACAGGGUUGGCGGCAAAGAAUGGCUCACUGCAAGAAGGGGACCUCAUCCUUAAGAUCAAUGGCGUGCCGAGCGAGAACAUGUCUCUGGAAGAGACGCGGCAGCUGAUCGAGAAGUCAGAAGGGAAGCUGACCUUGCAUGUCUUGCGGGAUAACCGUCAGUUUCUGGUCAACAUCCCCCAACUUGGAGACAGUGGCAGCGAGAGCUCCCAGCUUGAUGACAUCUCCGAUUUGGGCUCGGAUACCUCCAUGCCUCCCCCAGAGUGGAGUCCGGAACAGCCUCCUGGUUCUCUGCAGAGGAAUUCUCUCCUGCCAAGAAAACAUCCAAGCUGGGAAGAAGUGGUGCCAGAGAAGGAGUUGCCCAUCUCCCCAGUUGCUGAUGCCCAGGGAAGCCCUGGGAACAGCAACAAUGCCUUCUCCAGUACCAAUACCGGCCCUUCUCAAGGCAGAAUUGAAGGGUACAGCCCAGAUUCCAAGGUGGUGCGUUUCGUGAAGGCCAAGAGCAUUGGGCUGCGUCUUGCUGGGGGCAACGACAAGGGCAUCUUUGUGACAGGCGUACAGGAGGGAAGUCCAGCCGAGUCCCAAGGCAUCUUAGAAGGGGACCAGAUUCUCCAGGUGAAUGACAAAGUUUUCCACAACCUGACGCGGGAAGAGGCAGUGCAGUACCUCUUGGAGUUGAUGCCAGGCGAAGAAGUGGUUCUACAUGUUCAGAAUAAGCAAGACAUCUACAGAAAGACGGUCAAGUCCAACACGGGGGAUUCUUUUUACAUCCGCACCCACUUCGACUUUGAGAAGGACACCCCUUCCGGACUGAGCUUCACUCGUGGCGAGGUCUUCCACGUGCUGGACACCCUGUACAGGGGCAAAAUGGGGAGCUGGCUGGCUGUGCGGAUGGGAAGGGAGCUCCAGGAGCUUGAUAAGGGCAUAAUCCCGAACAAGAACAGAGCAGAACAGAUUGCCAGUCUGGAGAAUGUCCUGAAAGCCUCAUCAGGAUCCUUCAGUUCGUCGGGGGCCCGGGCUGAGUUCUGGAAGCUGCGGGGCUUGCGAGGGGCCAAGAAGAACCUACGCAAGAGCCGGGAGGACCUCUCGACUCUCACCAAGCAAGGCCACUAUCCGCCAUAUGAGAGGGUCGUGCUCAAGGAAGCAACGUUUAAACGGCCAGUGGUGGUUUUGGGACCCAUUGCUGAUAUCGCCAUGCAGAAGUUGAGCGCUGAGAUGCCAGAUCAGUUUGAGAUUGCUGAGAGCGUCACCAAAGAAGGAGGGUCCGCGAAAGUCAUCAAGCUGGAUUCGGUGCGGCACAUCGCAGAGCGGGUAGGUGACUUUGCUUCCUUACAUGCAGGAGGUGGAAGAAAGGGGUCUGUCCUGGGGGGCUCGGGCUAA